UGAGCCCAGGCGCGAGGACAGGCGCGAGCUGUUCCCCGUGGGCUCCCCUCCCCCCCGCGGCGACCCCUGCUCCGACCGACUGGUCCCCGAAACGGUGGUGGCGGCCGUUUGUGGUCGUUGGUCCCAGGGAUUUAGGACCUACAUUUGAAGACCCAAGGGGAACUGCAACCAUGAAUGAAGAAAAUAUAGAUGGAACAAAUGGAUGCAGUAAAGUUCGAACUGGUACUCAGAAUGAAGCAGCGUUACUUGCUUUGAUGGAAAAGACUGGUUACAACAUGGUUCAAGAAAAUGGGCAAAGGAAAUUUGGAGGUCCUCCUCCAGGUUGGGAAGGUCCACCUCCACCUAGAGGCUGUGAAGUUUUUGUAGGAAAAAUACCUCGUGAUAUGUAUGAAGAUGAGUUAGUUCCUGUAUUUGAAAGAGCUGGGAAGAUAUAUGAAUUUCGACUUAUGAUGGAAUUUAGUGGUGAAAAUAGAGGUUAUGCUUUUGUGAUGUAUACUACAAAGGAAGAAGCCCAGCUAGCCAUCAGAAUUCUUAAUAAUUAUGAGAUUCGACCCGGAAAGUUUAUUGGUGUGUGUGUAAGCUUGGAUAAUUGUAGAUUAUUUAUUGGAGCUAUUCCCAAGGAAAAAAAGAAAGAAGAAAUUUUGGAUGAAAUGAAGAAAGUUACAGAAGGAGUUGUAGACGUAAUUGUUUAUCCAAGUGCAACUGAUAAGACCAAAAAUCGUGGUUUUGCAUUUGUUGAAUAUGAAUCUCACAGAGCUGCUGCUAUGGCAAGGAGGAAACUAAUUCCAGGAACGUUCCAACUAUGGGGCCACACCAUUCAGGUAGAUUGGGCAGAUCCAGAAAAAGAGGUUGAUGAAGAAACCAUGCAGAGAGUUAAAGUUCUCUAUGUAAGAAAUUUAAUGAUCUCAACUACAGAGGAAACAAUUAAAGCAGAAUUCAAUAAAUUUAAGCCUGGUGCAGUUGAACGAGUAAAGAAACUCAGAGAUUAUGCUUUUGUUCACUUUUUCAACCGAGAGGAUGCAGUAGCUGCUAUGUCUGUUAUGAAUGGAAAAUGCAUUGAUGGAGCAAGUAUUGAGGUAACAUUGGCAAAACCAGUAAAUAAAGAAAACACUUGGAGACAGCAUCUUAAUGGUCAAAUUAGCCCCAAUUCUGAAAACCUGAUCGUGUUUGCUAACAAAGAAGAGAGCCACCCAAAAACUCUAGGGAAGCCACCAACUCUUCCUGCUCGUCUCAAUGGUCAGCAUAGCCCAAGCCCCCCUGAAGUUGAAAGAUGCACUUAUCCUUUUUUUCCUGGAACAAAGCUUACUCCAAUUAGUAUGUAUUCUUUAAAAUCCAAUCAUUUUAAUUCUGCAGUAAUGCAUUUGGAUUAUUACUGCAACAAAAAUAAUUGGGCACCCCCAGAAUAUUAUUUAUAUUCUACAACAAGUCAAGAUGGAAAAGUACUCUUGGUAUAUAAAAUAGUUAUUCCUGCUAUUGCAAAUGGAUCCCAGAGUUACUUCAUGCCAGACAAACUCUGUACUACAUUAGAAGAUGCAAAGGAACUGGCAGCCCAGUUUACAUUACUUCAUUUGGACUACAAUUUUCGUCGCAGCUCAAUAAAUAGUCUUUCCCCUGUUAGUGCUACCCUCUCUUCUGGGACUCCCAGCGUGCUUCCUUAUACUUCAAGGCCUUAUUCUUAUCCAAGCUAUCCCUUGUCACCAACAAUAUCACUUGCUAAUGGCAGCCAUGUUGGACAGCGACUAUAUAUCUCCAAUCAGGCCUCAUUCUUCUGAAGAAAAUACUGUAAACAUUAGUAUGAAAAUUUCUUUGUGUAAAACAUGCAAAUUAAAAUACUGUUUUAGAAUCGGGUUUGCACAUUUGGUUUUAAAAAAAUAAUAUAUUUAUUCCAACAUACUAAACAUCAGUUAUAAAUCAGAAUAACAGAGUUGUACAAUAUAAAGAAGUGUAAAGUUUAAAAAGUUAUUCAGUGAUUUUUCUUGAUAAAGGUAUAGCAAACUACUUUUUAAACUCUUGGAAUUUACAUCUAAUUCCUGGGUGGGCAGGAGAACCCAGCAGUUUAUGUUAAUUUUUGCAUAAUAACUUUGCUAAAUAGCUUUUCAUAAAUAUUGAAGCACUUGAAGACAAUGGUUAUACUACAUUUGAUUACCAAGGAUCACUAUCUGUAUUGGAGAUUAGAACAAUUAUAUAACCAGAAGCAUUUUAACCAUUAUGUGAAAAGAAAUGAUGAGGCAGAAAUAUGUAACACAGAUUUUAUUCAGUAUUAACAAAAAAAAAAAAAGCCUACCAUUGUCAUCUUUGAAAAUAACUACAGAUAUUACAGUUAACAAUUACUUGUUAUAAAAAUUAUAAUUUUGUUGUUAAUAUAUUUAGGGUUUUUAUAGUUAUGCUUCAUUUGUGUUUUUUGAUAUUCAUUGUAUUGUUUGAAUAAGAAGUGUUAUGGUUUUUAAAUGUUGAAAUCAUGUGUUGUUUAAUUUUUGUACUUGAAUUCAAAUUCUUUGACAUUAAAUAUAUGAUGCUUC